UGUUGUGCACGCAUUUGCGUGUCAUAUAGGAGCUGCCAGUGCGCUUGUACGCCAGUCACAUUCCUCACGAACGAACCGACCGGUUGUCGCCCCGUCCUCCUGCUGAACAAUUAUAAAAAAAAUGGUGCUAAAUAACGGGCGGUGGACAUUGGCUUUGGUGCUCGUCACGAUGGUGUCAUGGCUGGUGAUUGUGGUGGAUGUCCAGCGCAUCCAGGAGGAUCCCAAUCGUUUGUUCCUGCAAGCCAGGCCUCCAACUAUCGAUCGGAGUCGUACGGGCCAUCGUGGUCAGCUAAACAUCCCGCAAUCGUUUGCCGGACUUAAAGUUGCCCCGUCCAUUUAUCGAUGGAUGAAUGGCCUUUACGGCGGACCAGCUGUGACGCGGAUUGGGAUAACGGUGGCCGAAAGCCCUGAUCCUUCAUUAGAGCGAAGAGUUCCAUGCUGUUCCGGCUACUUGACGGCCACUAUGGAUGCCCGCAAUUGCACGAAAAUGGGCGGAGAAUGUUGCUCAAGAGAGUUCACCGAUUAUCCAGGCGCUGGUGGCAUGGGUUUAAUUAAUCCGAGGAAGUUGAAGAGAUCGAGACAAGCGUACCAGGGCAACUGCUAUCAAUGUUUCGAGUUCUUUACAGUAUGUCUCGUUGGCAAUUGAGAUUCAAUUUAUGCCAGUCAGAGACGCGAGCAUGACUUUGACGUCUUUCAAUCGAGAAUUUCCAUCAUCAACAAUCCAAAUUCUAUACAAUGAAAAUAUAUAAACUUUUGCUAUAUUUGUAUACAGUAUAAAUACUCAGUCGAUUAUACUCCAACGAUUCAACACAAAUAGAAAUUGUGAAUCGUUUAUCGUGGCCCUAAAUUGUAUCUUGUACGAUCUUUGUUGCGAUUUCAGUCAAUAGAUCCAUGUUCACUUUCCAUUGCCA